UCACCUCCACAACAUUUGUUUUUCACAUUCUCCAAUCGCACUUGCUUUACCUCUCUCUCCUUCAGAUCAGACGUCAAUUUCAACUCUCCCCAGUGAAGAGAAGAAGAGAUUUCACCGGCAACUUCUACUCCGAUCGGUCAAUUGAAGAUUGACAUGGAAUCUAAUUCUGGCGGAGGCGGAGGAGCUGAAGGCGGAAGAGCCACAGCUGGAGGAGGAGGAGGGAGCGAUGUUGAAUUGGUGAGCAAGACGUUGCAGGUUGAGCAUAAGCUUUUCUAUUUUGAUCUUAAGGAGAAUCCUCGCGGAAGGUAUCUGAAGAUAUCGGAAAAGACGUCGGCGACGAGGUCAACCAUCAUCGUUCCUUCCUCCGGCAUCUCUUGGUUCCUCGAUCUCUUCAAUUACUACGUUGAUUCCGACGAACACGAGCUUUUUAGCAAAGAAUUGCAGCUUGACUCCAAGGUGUUUUACUUCGACAUCGGUGAGAACAGAAGGGGCCGCUUCUUAAAGGUGUCAGAAGCAUCAGUUAGUAGAAAUCGAAGUACCAUUAUUGUUCCAGCUGGAAACUCUCCUGAUGAAGGGUGGGCAGCUUUCAGGAAUAUCUUGGCUGAAAUUCAUGAAGCAUCUGGACUUUUCGUGAUGCCGAACAAGAAACCUUCUGAUGGACAGGAACAUCUGGUUGGACUUUCAGAUGAUGUUGGAGCUGGAUUUAUACCUGGCCAUGGUAGUCAGCAGCCAUCUUCUUCAGAACACACUGUGGAUCGAGCAAUUGAUUCGCCAGGACAGGAUGAAACGGCAAUGACGGGUGUUUCUAAAGUAAUCAGAGCUGACCAGAAACGGUUCUUCUUUGAUCUCGGGAACAAUAACAGAGGACACUUCCUGAGGAUAUCUGAGGUGGCAGGUUCUGACAGGUCCUCCAUCAUUCUACCAUUAUCGGGUCUUAAGCAGUUUCACGAAGUAAUUGGUCACUUCGUGGACAUCACCAAAGACAAGAUUGAAGGUAUGACAGGUGCCAAUGUCAGAACAGUUGACCCUCCUCAGAGAUAAGUAUUGAUUCUUUUUAGAGGAUGGAAUCUCCGAUCUUCUAAUAAUUUGAAUCUGGCUACUUCAAGUAGCUGUCUGAACCUCGGUGUGCAAUAGUUUGAAGUAAUUUCUCGCCCCUUCACAGCCUCUAAAAUAACUCAGCAGGAUCAUCAUCUGGCUUAAUAGCAGAGACAACUCUGGGAGUCAGCAACUGGGAAAUAAGCUGAUAAUUUAUCCACCAUUUGUAUCUCUCUCUCUCUUAUCUCUCCCUUCUUCCUCUUAGUAACAGUUUGAAAAGUUGUGACUCCUCCUCAGUUUGCUUCUCUUCUGUAACUUCUACUUCUUCUUUUUUCUUCCUUUUGUUUAGUUUGGGUCAUUGGGUGUAUAUCUGUUGACGGCUUGAUGCAUUUCAAUUGUAAAAGAAUAUUGGGGUUAUAUAUAUUUGGGCUAAUGAAUAAAAAUAUUUUGAGUCUGAGUUUGAGGUUUA